AAGUCGAAGAUGCUCAAUAUCCCGGGAUUAUUCCCGAAAAUAUAGACAGUUUUGAAUUUUUGAAUUCUCAACGGAAAGAAUAUGAUUCACUUCUCUGUUUAUAGAAACUAGAAAUCCUUUAAAAAGAUAGAGAGAAAACGACUAAAUCAAUCUUAAUCUAUUAAAAAAAAAAUAUUUGUAGGCGAGGAAAAACCAAUUCAUGGAGAAGAUUAACCAGAAGCUACCAUUGAGUGAUGAAGAAGAAGAAUCAGGAAGUGAAGAAAGUGGAGCUGUUGAUGAUGAUUCAGAAGAAGACACAACAUCUGUUGAUGAUGAUUCAGAAGAAACAAGGUCAAUUCCACCCAGACUUCCGUUGAAGAAAACUAAAUCACGGAUUCCAAAGGUUAUUGAAUAUGGAAAUGAUGGAGAAGAACCAGAUGGUGUAGAGAUUAAGGUGCCCAAGACGUCCAAAAAAAAGAAGGUGCCCGAACUUAACGCGAAAGAUGCUAGAAGUAUUGAAACUAUUGAGAAGAUUAUCGCUGGUGGUCAGUUGGAGAAACUGAAAGUUGAACAAUGUAAAGUUUAUUUGAGGAAGAACGGGUUGCGGUUAAUGGGGAAGAAAGGCGUUCUUAUCGAUCGGAUUAAGGAGCAUCUUGGGAUCAUAAAUGGUGGAGGAGAACAGAAGUAUCCAGAAUCCAGCUUUGUAUGUGAUUGCAAAGGUGAUGCUUGCACUGGAGAUGUAGUAAUGUUCGAGCAAAAUGUUUAUGAAAUGUAUAACGUAGCUUCUAGGAGUGCCGCUGGCCCUUCCUGUGGGACUAGAACCGUUGUGGGUCGUGUUGUGAGAGAAAGCUAUGGUUGUGCCAAGCAGCAACACACAUUUACGAUUGAAGUAUUAUGGAGCAAAGGAGUGAAACCACUUCCUGCACUCCACCCUCUUCUAAUUAAGGGUAGAAACCUUUAUAAGUUAAAGACAAUGAGACAGUUAUGGGCAGAUGAGGAGAUGAGGAAUAAGGUUUUGCUAGAAAAACACUCCAGAGGAUCCGUUGCUAGGUCUAACAGAAAAACAAGAACCCAGCAAAAGGAAAAGCGAACAUUAUGUGCAGUUUGUCGUCAGAGGGUGUCCAAAAUUGAAAAAAGUACUGUUCCGGAGCCAAAAAGAAGGAUGUCACCAGAUGAAUUGGAGAUGAAACCAGCUUCUCAACUUCAGAAUCAACUCCCAUCAGUCUCCACAAGACAACCAACUCAGAUUGGAGAACAUAAACCUGCUUUGCCUCCAAAGAUAGUUGUCACCGAGGUCCGCAUGAACACCAGGAUGGAUUCAAUAACUACCAAACAACAUCCAGAUGGCAGUAGAAAAUCCAAAGAUAACAAUCAAAGCAACGGAUAUCAGGUUGCCAAUACUAAUCUUGGGAGGGCUCCCUCACAGCGGCAUGUCUGUAAAUACUAUCCUCAAGGAAGGUGUUAUUUUGGAGAUAGGUGCAAGUAUUUGCAUGAAAAGCCUCCCAUUAAACGGCAGUUGUGCCGCUACUAUGUUCGGGGGAGGUGUUAUCGUCAUGGAGAAAACUGUAAGUCUUUGCAUGAAAGAAGAUGGGGAAAAUACUAGAGCAAAGAUUUUGGUACAAUUAAAGUAGUUUCUUUGAACACAAAGUUUCAGGCAUCUUGUGGAUUCUUGAGACUCAUAAUCACAUUGUUCUCGAGUUUUUGAUGUCAGAAUCCAGAUUUUGUAAUUCCUUGGUUCUUCCAUAAUACUGUAAGCAUAGUUUUUAUCAACCUUGUUAUGUGUCAUCCUGGCAGCAAGUGAAGAAGUUGUAUAUAUAAAUAUUUUUCUUCAGCUUGUGAUUGCAGACACCAGUCCAUUCCAUUUAUCUUACG